AAGAAGAUUCACACAUGGACGGUCGUGGUGUAGCUGUCAUAAUCCCAAAGACUGAUGGUUGCUGUGAGAUUCGCCUAACGGACCAUUAGAAAAUUCAAACUUUUUUUAUUUUUAUAGCCGUUACAAAUCCAACUCCAACAUUUCAAGCAGAUCAUAGUAAGUCAGUUGAUUUCAUUCGAAAAAGAAACAAUGGGAAGGCUUAAAUCAAAGAACCACUAUGAAGCCAUCAGAACUGCUCAAAUUCUCCACAACCAAGCUCGAUUGGCAUCGAUGGGAUCGCGAAAGACGAUCUCAGAGCUUCGAUCCAUGAAGAAGAGUCAUGUCAGGAAAUACCAAAAAGUCGAUUAUGGAAGCACUCCUCAGCGCCGUUCUGCUCGGUUGAAUCGAUUAAUCGAUGACUCAAUCGCAACAUCUGAUCACAUUCGAUUUCGACGAUCCAAUCGGUUAAGAGGAACACAUGGUGAACCAAUUUCACCCCACCAAGGUAAAUUGGGGCUUUUUGGUAAGAGUGAAGAAAUGCCGAGUAGUGAAAGGAGGGAAGAGAAGAGGCCGGAGGUGUUGGAUCGGCCUUGCGCAAGCGAAACCAGGAUCAGUGUCUACCCCUCUGUUUCCAGGCGAAAAACAUUAAAAGGUAAACAAGAUUGUAAGCAGCAGUGUGGUAAUCUAGAAAUGGAUCAACGAAGCAUUGGCAUGACAGACUGUUCUAGUAAUGGUGUUGUCUGCCAAGCUUUUCUUAAGGCUACAAAAGCUCAGAAAUGCUCAAAUCAUCAUGAAACAAAGAGUGACUAUGAAAGUAUCAGAACUGCUCGAAUUCUGGAGAACCAGCUCAAUUCGGCUUUUGCAAUGAAAGAUCUUAAUCUCUUGGUAUUGAAGUUCUCAGAUCCUUUUCAGGCCUGUUUCUAG